CAGCUGCCCCCCCAGCAGGACUCCCAGCUGGAGGAGGCCACCCGAAGCCUCCACAAGGCCCUGGCCCUGGAGGGUCUGAGGGACUGGUACCUGAGGAACACCUUAGGAUCCACCCACCAGAACCAGGCCAGUGGAAAGGUCUCGUCAGGUGCCAACACUAAGCCGAGUGGUGGGGUCAAAGGUCAGACCGGAGGGGUCGAUGCCCUGCAGCGAAGACGCACUGCCCACGGAGUCCUCCAGCAGUCGACCUAUCAGAGUCAUCACUACGCCGCGCCGCAUCACAAGCAGACGCUGCCGCACUCCGCCACGUUCCACGGACAUCCGCUGCACGGGAGGUCUGUGGACGGCUCGCUCUACCAGGACUCCUGUCUGUCCCAGAAACAGGAAGUUCCCCUCAGAGACUUGGCAGUGGACCAGCCGUCUCCUGGGACUCUGGUCUGAUCACCAGCCAAUCAGAGGAAGAGACUUGGACGGACCCCGGCCCGGUUCUCUGGACCUCCUGUGAUUGGGUGAUGAUGAACCAGUUGACCCAGUUCAGAGACCAGCCGAACACCCGGACGCCCCAUGCACCUUAAAGACAGGUUCGCCUUACCAAGACCUUCAUCUGACCUGAGAGGUCUGCUAAGGAAGACCAUCUACUCCUCAGAGUGUUCAGUGGUCUCUGGAGGAGUCACGAACCUGAACCAGAACCAGAACCUGCCUGAACCCAGCAGGGGACCGAUGGUUUACCGCUGUUUGGGAGAACAGCGUCCAACUGGAACCCGGCACUGAGGAGCAAGAGUCCCUCUCUUCUCAGGGUUCCUGGUCCGGAAAGGUUCCCGUUAGCCGGUUCUCGUAUCGCCACAGCUGGACUGUGGAGCGCCAACCGGUCCAGGUUCUGGGUUCCUGGUCCUCAGACUCUGCUCAGACAAUCAGACUCUUUCUCAGCCACCAGGGGGAACCUGCACUCCCCAACGACGGAGCCCUCCUGCUCUCUGACAUCACCAGCUGACAUCACCAGCCCUGUUCAGCUCAGGCGUCUACCUGUUAAAGCCUCAGGUGGAGCGUCAGGCUCUCAGGAUCCAGGCUGUGAUUGGUCAGCUGGCUGUCGUCAUGCAGCUGGCCAAUGAGAAGCUGCCAGCUCAGCUGAGGCGGAGCUCCAGACUCAGGAAGAUGGCCGCCAUCCUGGUCGCUGCCUACGCUGUCAAAAAGCUGUCUCCGUACAUGUGGAGGAGGCUACAGAGAGGGGCAGCAGGUGAUGAGGGAGGCGGGGCUAAAACACCGGUGGGCGUGGUCAGCACUGUGGAGGGCGGUGAAGAUGAGAAGAAGAAGAAGAAGAAAGUGGACAGGUCUCCAUCAGUCAACAGAGACUUCGUCCUCAGACUGUCUCACCUGCUGAAGCUCCUGUUUCCACGGUUACUGUGUCCAGAGUUUGGCCUGCUCGCUCUGCACUCCAUCACCCUGAUGUCCCGCACCUUCCUGUCCAUCUACGUGGCUUCUCUAGACGGUAUGAUCGUCAGGUGCAUCGUGCAGAAAGAUCCGCGCGCCUUCGUGCUGCAGCUGUCCAAGUGGCUCCUCGUCGCAGUUCCUGCGACGUUCAUCAACAGCGCCAUCAGGUUCCUGGAGGGUCAGCUGACCCUGAGCUUCAGGAGUCGAUUGGUCAGCCACGCCUACCAGCUGUACUUUACCAACCAGACGUAUUACCGCAUCAGCAACAUGGACGGCCGUCUGUCCAACCCGGACCAGUCUCUGACCGAGGACAUCGUCAUGUUCUCCGCCUCCGUCGCUCACCUGUACUCCAACCUGACCAAGCCCAUCCUGGACGUGGUGGUCACCUGCUACACGCUGCUGCGCACCGCCCAGUCCAAAGGGGCCGACACCACGUGGCCCUCUGCCAUCGCCGGCCUGGUGGUGGCGCUCACUGCCAAGGUGCUGCGCUCCUGUUCGCCGCACUUUGGGAAGCUGGUGGCCGAGGAGGCGAAGAGGAAGGGAGACCUGCGCUACAUGCACUCACGCAUCAUCGCCAACUCCGAGGAGAUCGCUUUUUACGGCGGACACAAGGUGGAGCUGUCCCAGCUGCAGCGGAGCUACGCCUCCCUGUCGUCUCAGAUCCAUCAGAUCCUGCUGAAGCGGCUCUGGUACGUCAUGCUGGAGCAGUUCCUCAUGAAGUACGUCUGGAGCGCGUCCGGCCUCGUCAUGGUGGCCGUGCCCAUCAUCACCGCCACAGGAUACUCCAAAAAUGACUCUGAGGAGGUGAAGCGGGCGGCCAUGGUAAUGAAAGAGGAGGAUCUGGUCAGCGAACGAACGCAGGCCUUCACCACGGCCAGGAACCUCCUGAACGCCGCCGCCGACGCCGUGGAGAGGAUCAUGAGCUCCUACAAGGAGGUGACGGAGCUGGCCGGCUACACGUCCCGCGUCUGGGAGAUGUUUGUCGUGUUUGAGGACGUGAGCCGAGGAAUCUACCGCCGCUCCGCCGACCCGGAGGAACCGGCAACCCGCCGAGGAGCGGCGGUCCUGCAGGGCCAGAGGAUCAGCGGCCCACUGCAGAUCACAGGUCAGGUGAUCAGCGUGGAGAAUGGGAUUCGCUGUGAGAACCUGCCCAUCAUUACGCCCACUGGAGACGUUGUGGUAUCCAGCCUCAACAUUCAGGUGGAGGACGGGAUGAAUGUUCUGAUCACGGGUCCAAACGGCUGUGGGAAGAGCUCGCUGUUCAGGAUCCUCAGUGGGCUCUGGCCCGUUUACGGAGGAGCUCUGUACCGACCAGAACCCCACAACAUGUUCUACAUCCCCCAGAGGCCUUACAUGUCGGAGGGAACCCUCAGAGACCAGGUCAUCUAUCCGGACUCGGUGGACGACUUGGUCCAGAAGGGACUGACGGAUUCGGACCUGGAGCAGAUCCUCCGGACCGUCCACCUGCUCUACAUCCUGGACAGGGAGGGCGGCUGGGAGUCCGUCAGCGACUGGAAAGACGUUCUGUCAGGAGGAGAGAAGCAGAGGAUGGGGAUGGCCCGCAUGUUCUACCACCGGCCGCGGUACGCCCUGCUGGAUGAAUGCACCAGCGCCGUCAGCAUCGACGUGGAGGGAAAGAUCUUCCAGGCUGCAAAGGAUGCUGGGAUAGCGCUGCUGUCCAUCACGCACCGGCCCUCCCUCUGGAGGUACCACUCCCACCUGCUGCAGUUCGACGGAGAGGGAGGCUGGAAGUUCGAGCCGCUGGACGCCUCCGCCCGCCUGUCCAUGCAGGAGGAGAAGCAGCGCCUGGAGAACCAGCUGUCUGGGAUUCCCAGGAUGCAGCAGCGGCUGUCCGAGCUGCGGCUGCUGCUGGGGGAGCCGGAGGAUGAGGACACGGCGGAGAGCCGGGUCGCAGCGGCGCCGCUCUGCUAGGCGGACCGCGCACGUGACCGCGCACGUGACCGCGCACGUGACCGCGCACGUGACCGCGCACGUGUUCUGGGGAGGCACCUGAGCAUCCACGUCAUUUAAACUUUUAACCAGUUCCUGUUUGCUGUCUGAGGCUCCGCCCCUUCCYGCCCGUUGUUCCGGGUCAGAGGUCACCUGCCCUGGACAGCAGACACACCUGUGGUGUGUGGAACCUGGUCGUGGUCCCGCAUUUCAAAGCUUUUAGUAACUGAUUGUUGUUAAUUAUUAGAACAUGUUGAUGUCAUCCAUGAUGCUGCAGUCGCUGCUUCAGCCGCCGAGCCUCACCUGUCAGGGGGCGGAGCUUCACCUGUAAACGACCUGGUUAAACCAGAACCAGAACACUGAUGGAUCAGCGGUCAGAAUCGGUCUGCUUCUGUUCCCUACCUGUGAUUGGCCACCUGCAGAUGACUCCGCCCCCUCUCAGGUGAGCUCCAAUCAGACAGGAAGCCGUUACUCCUGGGAGCGUGCACGUGUCCCCGGGAGCGUGCACGUGUCCCCGGGAGCGUGCACGUGUCCCCGGGAGCGUGCACGUGUCCCUGGGAGCGUGCACGUGUCCCUGGGAGCGUGCACGUGCCCUGUACCUGGCCGAAGCGGUUUCUCUGAUGCAGCCGACUUACGUAAGGUCACAUGACCCGGGUCAGAGGUCAUGUGACAGCUGUAGAUUGUAAUGAGCCAUUUUGACUGUAACUGUGUGAACCAAUCAGAUUUGAGCUCCUCAGCGACCAAUCAGAGCUGAGCUGAAGAUGAUGAUGAUGAAGAGGCCUUAU